AUGACUGAUUUGGAUUCGUCAGCCAAGCUUGAAGCCGUCACGAAGCUCAUGAGCAAACUUGAUGCGAAUCUCGAAACACAAACCCUGGCAGUCAAUGAGCUCGUGGCUUACCUAGAACAACUCAAGCUGCUUGGCCGAGAUCCGAGGAGUGCUGACCCCAUCUUUGCGCCGAAUGGCAUCAAAACCUUGGCCAGAUAUGCCUUUGAGAGCCCGCAGAGAGCGACUGCCCGCGGUGCGCUGAAGGUAUUGGCCAAUUCGAUGCUGCUCGUGCCCAACACCAGGCGUGAGUUUCUGACCCUUGGCCACGAAGGUACAGCUUGUAAGCAGCUCAAGGAAGAGGGGCCAAAGAGCUGGGAAGACGCUUUCCUGCUGUCAAGGGUCCUGCUCCUGUCGACCUACGCGCCAAACAUUGAUCUACCUACUCUGAUCAACGAUCAUGACCUUGCAGGUGCCAUCAUCUCCAACCUCGCCCGUCAUGCGGAGCAUAUGCGGGAGAACCCCAGCGGCCCCGUCAUUCCAAUGGAGGACAUGGCUGUCAACGAGACUCUUCGCCUGCUCUUCAAUGUCACUCACUUCGCCCCUUUGCGAAAACCUCUCUUCACGCCUGCCAUCCCACUGAUCGUUACGCUGCUCUGGAAGCAGGACAUUAACCCCAGUAAACCGCUCGACCCGCCUUUCAGCUCCCUCAUCAACGCACUGCUCAAUCUGGAUUUUGAAGACCCAGAGGUGCAGUCAUCAUUGUGCCCCCAGUCGCCCGAGGCCUCGGACCAGCCGAGCCGCGUCGCUGCCAGACUGGUCACCCUGCUCGAUCUUUCUCUUAAGCCAGGCAUCUACGCCGAAGGAGAGCUCGACCAGCUUCUGUCGCCUCUGGUCGGGGUUCUGGCCUAUGUCGAAGCUGCCGCGACUGAGGAGGUCAAGCACUAUCUCCGCGCCACCCUGCUGCCAACAGAAAAAGACCGUGAAGAGGUUCUGGGCAAAGGCACGUCGCUGGGCUCCAGGGUUCUGAAGUUGUCCAACAAUCCCAUGACGCCAAAGCUCGGAGAUGUCGCCUCGCAUCUCUUGUACAGUUUGUCGGAUAAGGAUGCGUCCAAGUUCGUGGCGAACGUUGGCUUUGGCUACGCCUCGGGCUUCCUGGCAAAGAACAACAUCCCUACGCCCGGCAACAUGGCGGAGACCUCUGACGAACUAGCUGCUAGGCCGUUCAAUCCGGUGACAGGCCAGUUCCUCGACUCGGAGAGAGUUGGGGAACUACCCGAGAUGACAGAGGACGAGAAGCUCAGAGAGGCAGAGAGGCUUUAUGAUCUUUUUGAACGGCUUAAGCGUACCGGAAUUAUUGAUGUCCAGAACCCCGUUGAAGAGGCGAUACGAUCUGGGCGGUUCCAGGAAAUGGACGAGAAUCGUGUUACAGAGGUGGACUCUGACUGAGCAUUCCUUGUUCGGACAAGACUGUCUUCGCCACGUAAGUGGUUAAGUUGCAGUAAUCGCAUAGGUAUUCUAUCGGCCGUCGCCAUAUUUUAGACAGCUGCUGUGUUAAUGGACAAGUUGGCCAGACUACGUGCUCC